AUGUUUCGGUUUAUUACGGAUGCUUGGCAGUACGCCAGCACGGCGGAGGAUGGGCGUGAAUCUGAACAUUGGCCGAAAGCAUGGAAGGAAGGCAAUGAUAUUGCAGAUGCAAUGGCGGCAAGGGGAGCUCUAGGCAGGGUAUCACCACACUGUGCCCGAUGGCUCGAGAUGCUCCCUGACAACACGGAUCCGACACCUCGCGCACGGAGGAAUUUAGAGCAGGGGAUCUUGCCCAGCAUCAGCCGAUUUGCCGGGGACUGGGCGCGCAAGAACCAUGAGCGCUACUCUCAUGCGGAGGAAGCGCUAAGGGACAGGCUGAUUGGCUCCUUUUGGGCUGCAGCUUUAGCUUCGCCGACCUCCGCCCUCGUGACCGUGAUGCCCUCCGAUGGUGCUGAUAGGAAGCGAAAGCUGGACGAGCUGUCGCAACAAGUCAAGGAACUCCAAGAACACAGGGGCGAGACUGACCACACUAAGCUCGAACUACAGGCAGAACGGGAGACGGCUUACAGACACCUUCGUGUGGAGAGUUCUGCUGCCCUUGCUGACCUGUUUCAGCGGAUGGAGGCGGGGACCCUCCCCCGUAGCCAGCUGCGCUCCUCCGCCGCCACCGCCUUGGUGGAGGAAGUGUCAGCUACCUUGGCCCGCGCCCAGGACGAGACGGAGCUGCAGCGACUCGCAGGUGACCUCAGUAAAAGUAAGCGGGGUGUGCCCACCCGGCAGGCCCGAAUCGCGUCAGGGGAAGCUUUUGCCCCCCUGGCAGACUUGGGUCUGCUGGAGUGGGUGCAGCCGGCGGGGCGGGGGUGGAACCUACGGCUCCAGAACGGAGAGCCGAGCAGACUUCUGUUUGAAGGAGUGCGCAAGGAGCUCAACUGGGUUCUCUUCGUCUUGGGAAAGACAGGGGACGGCAACACACCGAGCUGCGUGCAGAUCUUCCCGGAUCGAGGCCCUGCUACGAGGCGGCAUGAGAAAGGAAGGAAGGGUGGAGGUAAAAGCAAGGGGACCAAAGGAGGGAAAGGAAAAGGGAAAACUGAUACUGGCGGGGGACGAGGGGACGGCGGCGGCGGCGAACCGGCCAUGGCGGCGCGACCGUAA